AUGGCACCCUUCAUGGAACUCUAUACCCAAAUCAACUUUCUCUUGUAUCACCUUCAACGCUCUAUCAAAGAAACACAUGGCACAUAUCCGGGAGCCUUUGGGACCAGUGCGGACAACAGCGGCGGUACUAUCAUUCCUACCCCAGAAGAGAUGGCAGCGCUUGUAGAGCAUAUGCAUCAGGUUGAUCCGCUAGUCGACGCCUUGCUUAUCAUAGCUACGGAGGAAUGGCAACAGCAGCUGGCUGAGCGUCAUAAGAGACGAUUUACAUUGUCGCAGAACGAGGUGCUCCAGAUGCUGCAGGAUCUGAAGAAGUUGGAGGGUGUUAAGUAG